AUGGCUAGUAAACGACUUCCGUUGGAUGCGAUUGCCGUUUGUGGACCCUCUGGUGUGGGGAAAGGGACACUUCUUGGACGAUUGAUGAAGGCAUUUCCUGAUCGUUUUGGUUAUUCCGUCUCUCACACAACUCGUGCCCCACGUGAAGGCGAACAACACGGCCGGGAAUAUUUUUUUGUAGAUCGCCCCACUGUGGAAACAUUACAAAAAGAAAAUGCCUUUCUUGAAGUAUGUGAAGUUCAUGGAAAUCUCUAUGGUACUACAUUAAAUGCCGUGAAGGCGGUACGGGAUACCGGAAAGGUUUGUAUUAUUGAGAUUGAUGUAAACGGUGCCCAGAAACUUCGUCAGAAUGGAGAACAAUUAAAUGUAUUAUAUUUAUUUAUUACCGCACCUUCAAUGGAACAUUUACGUGGACGUAUUCAGAAACGCGGUGCGGAUAAUGAAGAAGUUUUACAACGUCGUUUACGUACCGCUGAGGCAGAAUUGCGAUUUUUAGAAGAAUCCCCGGAUUUCUUUUCACGUACGUUUGUAAAUGAUGAUCUUGAGGCUACGUAUGAAGAUCUUGUGAGAGUACUGAACGAGGAGUUUGAGGUACGUAGUAUGAAUAGGCUGACGAAUUAA